AACAAAUAUUCACACGCACUAUUAAAAACACACACAUACACACACUCUUGAAAAACUCCUCACGCCACAACCCAAAAACCCAAAAUCCCCAAUUCAAAAAAUAAAAGAAAAACAAAAAAUACCUGAUUUUGUUGUGUUCAAAGUUUCAUUUCUGAAGUUGGGUUCUUCUUUGAAUUUUCGUUUCUAGGAGUUUUUUUUGUUGAAUUCUUUGUUUGAAGUUAACAUAUAUGGUUUCGGUUUACCCAAGCCCGACAGCGGCGCAUCAGGAAUUCUACUGUUUUGGAGGUGGAGGUGGAGGAGGGAUGGGGGAUCCGAUGAUGAAAAUGGGUUUACCCGGUUUGCAUUCGUUGAACCCUGUAGUGAAUGUGAAUGAUCAUCAGGGCGGAACAGCAGUUGGGGGCAUGAUGAAUGAUGGGUCGGCUACUGUUGGUGCGUCGGGUCUUUUGGGUACGGAGGAUCCGAAUAGUAAGAAGAUCCGGAAGCCUUACACGAUUACCAAGUCUAGAGAGAGCUGGACUGACCAAGAACAUGACAAGUUUCUAGAAGCUCUCCAACUAUUUGACCGGGACUGGAAAAAGAUUGAAGCAUUUGUUGGGUCGAAGACAGUUAUCCAGAUACGCAGCCAUGCACAGAAGUACUUCUUGAAGGUGCAGAAAAGCGGUACAAGCGAACAUGUACCGCCUCCUCGACCGAAGAGAAAAGCAAGUCAUCCAUAUCCACAAAAAGCUCCUAAAAUUGUUACUCCGCAGGUUUCUGGACAAUUUCCUUCGUCUUCUGGUGUACUCGAACCCAAAUUUGUUAUUAGGCCUGAUUCCUCAUCAGUUCCCAGAACUGCAGUCGGCAAUCCUGUGGUACCAUCUUGGGCUUACAAUCCUGUCACAUCAGCCAACAUCUCACACAUGACGAGAGAUGACACAGGCUUUGCUGGUGCCCCAAUGACUCAUAAUUAUAGCAGCAGUAGUAGUGAGAGUACUCCAAGGAUGUGGACAGUUAGCGAGGCAAAUGAUCAAGUAAAGGAGAAAGAAAACCAGCCGACUAGAGUUAUGCCUGAUUUUGCUCAAGUUUAUGGUUUCAUUGGUAGCAUCUUUGAUCCCAAUGCAACUGAUCACUUACCCAGGCUACGGAAGAUGGACCCGAUAAAUGUGGAGACGGUAUGUAAUGGCGAAGGGCUAUGCUUUUUAAUUCAUUAAAGUUUUGCUUCACAUUGAUAUUUGUAUGUGAUAGGUAUGAGAUUUAUAGCAAUGUUUCAUUUGUGAGCGAGGAAGAUAGAUCCUGUAUAUUUGAUGAUGUUGCUGAUAGAUGAUAUUCCUCGUGUCUUCUGUUUUCUGCUCUUGCAAACUGGGUUUUUUUUCGUGUAUAGUUAAAUUUCUGCCUUUCCAGUUAAGGAAUUAGUGAGGUGAAGAUUCAUUAUCUUCGAUUAUGCUCUCAGAGCCCAUAAUUGAUUGCAACUUGCUUAUAUUUCUUUCCGAUUGAUAGCGUGUUGGUACAUGGGGAAAGUUUUGCUGCUGUUGGAGCUGUGUAAAUUUGUUAAUGGCUCAGUCACUUUUUGCUUUUAAUUGCUUUCCUGUAUUUAUGUUGUUGCUAAAGGUUCUAUCUUACACUAUCCAGGUAUUGAUGUUGAUGAAGAACCUAUCUGUCAAUCUCGUCAGCCCUGAGUUCGAGGAUCAUGUAAGCCUGACAAAAUCUUCUUGCUCUCUGUGAUCUUUUUUUCUUUCUGUUUUAUACGCAUGAUGCAUCUAGUGAUUGGAGAUGUCAAAAUACUGAAGUGGUUACGUUUAUACAGAAUACAGAAUCACUUUUUGGCAUUCAUGUUCAUGUUCGAUGUGUGUUAUCAUAAACUUGUGUAAUCCGUCAUUUGAUGCAUGCAGUGAUGGUUGUGUGAUAUCUCUUCUCUAAUCAUGUGUAUGUGUGAUCGGUGGAUUAUCUGAUUAUGUCCUGUUUAGGAAGUGCUGCCUUUUCUGAGUUAACAUAGCGUGCUGAGCAAAUGGGCUUGAGGAUAACUGUUAAGAUUCUGGAGCAAUGGAAUGUAGGUCGUAAGUUUGAGACUGGGCUUUGUUAUGACUGGAAUUUUUGCAUCUUCGGAGCAGUAUCAAUUUGUCUUCCUGAUUUAAUUACUAGACUCAUUUGAUACUAUGUAUUGAGUAUCAUAUUCUGCAAUCAUUUGUAGAUACUGUUGCUUUACGAGUUGUCUCUGUUAUAGAAGAACUGCAGGGCUUCAAAUUUGCUUAUUUCAUUGCAGCUUUCUCGUGCUACACCUCUUUAAGCUACUUCACUUUUACACUUUCGUGGCACUCACAUGAUUGAUGGAUGACACACCUUUUUGCUCGUGUGAUCAAACUUCUUUUAUCAUGAUUCGUUUUUCUGAUUCAAAGAAACAAUUCUGAUUUUGCCUCGAUUGUGGUUGCAGAGGAGAUUAAUCUCAUCGUACGGGGAUCAAAGUCUUCCCAGUCAUAUCAACCAAGCCGGAAGACUAGCAAACGUUGGCGUGUAGUAUGUCAUGUGUAAACGGAUCAUUCAGUUGGUUUGUUCGUGUUUUUCCGUUGAUUAGCCAAAACUACAGAGACUGGUUUAGAGCCAGGAACCCCUAGCAUCUUGAUACAAUGUGGGACGAGUGAGUUUGCACCUCGUUACCCCGUUUUUGUGUAUAAUGGUCCAGAAUGCCUUUUUGGUUCCGAGUUGACUUUCAGACGCUGUCACCAUGUCUGACCUCUGUACAUGUAAAUAUACACUAAAGCUUCACUCGUAUACGGUGCUUUUCUGAUAUAUUGGUUAAAUAUUGGCACUUACUGGUCCAAUACUUUCGGAUAUAUUGGUUAAAGACAAAAAAAUUCCUAAAGCUUUCAUUUACCAUUUGCUGUCUCAAACAGAAAGGAGUAGCAUUAUCAAAUUUGCGUUUCAAAUAUGGGUUGAGUGGAUGUAAUAAUUCUAGGUGGAUAUUAAGUUUGUAGAUCUGAUAUAUGUCUAGCUGAAUCAAUGAAUUAUUCUUUCAAUUUAUUUUUUCCCUUUUUUUUUCCAGUUUGCAAAUAAG